GUUCCACCCAUUGAUCUGUCGCAAUACAAUUCACACAACUCCAACACCACCUUUCCCACCACCUUUCUACCUCCCCAAUCCUUCUUCACGACCACACCAACCUCACAAUGGCCGAUUACAACUCCCUCAAGGUCCCCGACCUUAAAAAGAUCCUCACCGAGCGCGCUCUCCCCCUCUCAGGAAACAAAGCCGAUCUCAUCGCGCGCCUCCAGGAGGAUGACAAGAAGAAAGCCCCCGUCAGCGCAGCCCCAGCAGCUGCCGAUGACGAAAUCGACUGGGACGAAGAUGACAGCAAGGUCGCCCCUGGCGCGGCCACUACCACUGCAGCAGCAACCACCAUCGCGGCUGGUGGACAAGGCGCAAUUGAGACACCUCUUGCAGUCCCGAACCAGAAGCAAGAUAUCGACCCAGCCACGACUUCGGAUCUGAAGGUCACCGGCGGCGCAGAUGCGCCUGCCGCCGCUGAUGGCGCUGUAGCUGCGAGCGGAGAAGUUGAGGCGGUUGUUGUGGAGGAGCCGAAGCAGGAUUUCAGCAUUGGGCUACAGAAGACUGAUGCAGAGAAGGAGGCAGAGCGCAGGGCGGCGCGCGCCAAGAAGUUUGGUAUUGUGCCCGAUGAUGACGAGGUGAAGCGAGCAGAGCGGGCGAAGAAGUUUGGUGGCGGCGCGGAGGAUGUGGAUGUGAGUGGCUUGGAUGGGGCACUGCCGGAGAGGAAGAAGAGGGGUAGGGAGGAGAGGGAGGGAAAGACUGGGAGGGAAGCAAAGAGGCAGACACCUGAUAGGAGGGCAGAGCCACUGAAGAAGGAGGCGAGGCCGUCCGUGCCGAAGCAGGAGCCAAGGAAGGCGUAUAAGAGUGUCAUGGAUGACCCGGUAGAGAAGGCGAAGGCGGAGGCAAGGAGGCAGAAGUUCGCUUCCGCUCCUGCGCCAGCAUCAACGUGAGCGAUGGGUGCAGUCGGGGACACUCUUGGGCGGUUUAUAUGCAGCCAGGCGCCGGGGGAUACUUGUACACCAGCCGCAUUUUCAAUCACAGUGAUGAUUAAAAUGACGUUAUUAAGGGAGACCAGGGUUUAGGAGCCCGAAUAGGUAGGUUUCUCAACGAGCGCGGCGUGCGGAAAAUAUAUGGAUAUUUGUUUGCGGCCAUACAGCAUUUAGCUUCAAACUCGCGCGGGUCCGUGAAUUGUGAUUAUGGUGGGCGUCUCAUAGCAUCAGCCGGAUGUCUUCCAAGAUCCAGAGUGCGAAACCAGUGCGUGUCUAUCGAAUGUCACAUCGACAUUAAAUAUGCGCUCUCCGAACCAGAGUUCCAAGUCUAAGACACGGAGGCUUCUGAUUUAAACGGAACAAAGAUAUCGUUUGGAUGUUUGAG